ACGCUGGCGCAGUCCGAGGCCGGGCCGGGCCGGCAGCGGGGCCGCCGGGAGAGCCGCUCCAGGCCGCGCCGCAGGGGUACGCCGGGCCACGGGCAGCAGGCCGUAUCAGAUUCUCGACAGAGAAGCUACUGAGUGCUUCAGGAAAAUGGCAGGGAGAAAAGUCCUGAUAGUCUAUGCACAUCAAGAGCCCAAGUCCUUGAACGGAUCUUUGAAGAGCAUUGCUGUGGAAGAAUUGAGCAAGCAGGGCUGCAGCGUCACAGUGUCCGAUUUAUACGCAAUGCAGUUUGAGCCAAGAGCAACAAGAAAUGACAUUGUUGGUUGCUUGCACAACUCAGAAGAGUUCAAUUACGGUGUGGAGACAUGGGAAGCUUACAAGAGAGGAAGUUUGUCCAGCGAUCUGGUUGAAGAGCAAAAGAAGGUGCAGGAAGCAGACUUACUGAUUUUUCAGUUUCCCUUGUAUUGGUUCAGCAUGCCAGCAAUCAUGAAGGGCUGGAUGGACAGAGUCUUGGUCCAAGGAUUUGCUCAUGAAUUUCCAAACUGUUAUGACUCCGGUUUGCUCAAGGACAAAUUAGCCCUGUUUUCUUUCACCACUGGAGGAAGCAAAGAGAUGUAUGCAAAAGGAGGUAUCAGUGGUGAUAUUCGCUAUCUCCUGUGGCCCAUGCAGCAUGGAAUCAUGCACUUUUGUGGUGUCAAAGUCCUUGCACCUCACAUCUGCUUUGCUCCGGAGUAUGUGUCUGAGGAAAAGAGGAAGGAGAUGCUGAUUGCCUGGGCCCAGCGUCUGAAGACUCUCUGGAAUGAAGAACCCAUAAACUGCUCUCCUGAGUGGUAUUUCAAGUAAUGUUCAGGUACAAGACUACAGAGAGAAGAUUUUCUUUCCUCCAUUCUUUUUGGUGCUUUAUCUCAAUACCUGAAUGCUAAUCUCCUAAUUCAAAUGUAUUAUAAGUAUCUUGAGUAGUACAGCUAGCAGCUUAACUGACGACAUAGCAUUUAUCUUCAUUGAUUCCUGAGGGAUUCUCUUCAACAACGGGCGCCAAACUCUUUGUGAAGAAUUAUCCUUGCUCAUAUAAACAGUGACAUCCUGCCUACAAGUGGUUGAUAACACAAGCAGUAUUUAAUUGCAGAUUAUACGAUUGCUACUUAUGAAACAGUACAUUGCCAAGUUUAUUUUAACACUUUCUGUACCAGCUGCCACUUUUUUUUUAUUUAUUUAUUUGUCAGGGAAUAUGUUGCCCAUAUUCGACCUUGCUAUGGCCAAUCCCAUUCGUUUAAUUGAGAGCCCUACACUUAUGCCUUUGAGCUAUGAAGCCAGAUCACAGAUAACGCAAAAGGAUGUGCAGUUGCACAGUGACUUAGCUGGACAGCCUUGUGGACAGCUUUAGACUUUUCCAUAUAUUUACAAAGCAAUAUUAACACUAUGACAUAUACCAGAAAAGGAAAAAAACCCCAAAUACAGAUAUUGUAUAGCAGUAUAUGCAUGUAUUGCCUUACUUUACAGAACAUAGCUCCCAUUUGUAAAGUAUGUAGUUUCCUUAAAAAAAAAAAAAAAAAAAAAAAAAUCAAAGGGAGUUCUCUAUUUUUGUUACCCUAAGUAGAGGCAAGAAGGAAUCCUAUCUGUUCCCUGCCCCUUCAACACACCUUUGGGUCUGGAGGGCUGGAUGCAUCCCCUCCAGCACCAGUGUGGAUGGGCUUCCUCAGAGAUCUCCAGCACCGGCAGUCAGCGAGGCAGAACACCUAUCCAAACACCUGCAGGAGCAGCGUCUACAAGCCAGGAUCUAGUGGUACAAAAUGACUGUCUGGCUCUUAACAUCCGUGAUUUUUACUUUGAACUUUAGUGGAAUUAUUUUUGUGCUUAAGAGCUGUUAACCCUUUUUGCGCAUAUGGCAAAGGGUGGGUUUCCCACUUAGCUACAUGCUUUCUUGCUUUGAUUAGCUUAACAGCUGGCUUUGCACUUUGAUAUUAAAAGAAUGCGGCCUGAAUAAGAAACAGUCUUCUGAGUCACUGUGAAAUGACACUUAGGCCUCUACAUAUAGAGUAUACAUCUGUCAUGUGUUCUUUGUAGUGGCCUUGUCGUGCCCCACCCCGAUGUUUCUUUAAGGGCUAUUUAGGUAAUAAACAUGCUGAGCCCAGAUUCUGGAGUAGCAACGUAAGCUGAUACACCAGACGGGGAAUUGCUGCCACAGGGGAAAAGUUAUAUAUUCCUGUUUGUCACCGUAUGAAGUGAAGGGCCACCUCUAGCAGAGACAGACCCCUGGAAGCAGCGCUGCCCUAAGCUGUCACAGAUGUCUGCUUCAGUACAUAUGAGUCAAAGUCUUCAGGUUACACAAGCAAGAAAUUUGCUUUGGCUCAAUAACUCUCGUAUAGGAAAAAGAAAGUGAAAGGGAAUAAAAUGGAAAACGUUGUACACAUAAGUUGUGGGGAAAGCAGAUUCUUGCCUAUGAAAGUUGAGAAAAACAAGUUCAAGUUACCUGAAGAGAGGUUGAAGGGCAAAUGCACAUAUUAAAAUUCUAUAGGACAGGAAUCAUCCUUAUGUUCACUGUGUUCAGUUACCAGACUAUUCAAGAAAGAAAUGGAUAUGAAAGCAGAAGUCGCAACUGUCAAAUGAGAUGUUACUGUAUCAGAUCAAUUGCAGAGCUUAGUGGGUUUAACCGUUAGAUGAAGAAUCUCAGACUGACCUAUACGAUGAAGAUACACUUUUCAACACUAUUUGGAGACACGUGCCAGCUCCUGCAUACGUGAUAGCAUUAAGUGCCUGUAUUAGAUGAGAUAGUUGUAAUGAAAGUAUACAAGAGUGGCUGUGCUAGGUCAGAACAAGGAGUUUUUUCUCCACAGUGGUUAUAGGCCAGGAAGAACAAGCACUUCCCCUGAAUACCAUCCUGGGCUCCAACUAUAUUUACUUUGGGGGAUUUCCUGAGCUAUAUAUGUUUUCUCUGUAUUUACCAAGCCAAACAGAUCUCUGGUCUGAAUUUUGUUGGGUCUUCUCUUGAAUUCAUGCCAACUUGAAGCAGCCAAUACUUUUUGGCAAAGUUCAGCAGGUCAGCUUUUUCCUUGUAUCCUGGUUUUGACUGGAAUAAAGUUAAUUUUCUCCC